AUGAGUCCAAUUAGAUCAAAUGUACUGCGGCUUUAUCAGAUCCCUCAGAUCAGCUACGCCUCCACCGCUCCCGAGCUGAGUGACGAUCGGCGAUACGACUUCUUCUCUCGGGUCGUUCCUCCGGACAGCUUCCAGGCUCAGGCCAUGGUGGACAUCGUGAAGGCGAUGGGCUGGAACUACGUGUCCACGCUGGCGUCGGAGGGAAGCUACGGAGAGAAGGGAGUGGACGCCUUCAUGCAGCUCUCCAGAGAAGCAGGUGGAAUCUGUAUCGCUCAAUCACUGAAAAUCCCUCACGACCACAAACCGUCCGACUUUGAUAAAAUCAUCCGUCUGCUGCUGGACACUCGCUACGCCAGAGCGGUCAUCCUGUUCGCCUCCGAUGAGGACAUCAGGGGGAUCCUGAACGCCUCUAAGCGAGCCGACCAGCUUGGACACUUCCUGUGGAUCGGCUCGGACAGCUGGGGAGCUAAAAACAGUCCGAUCCACCAGCUGGAGGACGCCGCCGUCGGAGCCGUCACCAUCCUGCCGAAGAGAGCCACCAUCAGCGGGUUCGAUGCGUACUUCACAUCUCGAACGCUGGAGAACAACCGCAGGAACGUUUGGUUCGCUGAGUACUGGGAGGAGAACUUCAACUGCAAACUGAUGAGCUCCUCCAAGAAAGACGAGAGCAGCAGGAAGUGCACAGGUCAGGAGCGGAUCGGCAUCGACUCGAAGUACGAGCAGGAAGGGAAGGUCCAGUUUGUGAUCGACGCGGUGUACGCGAUGGCUCACGCUCUGCACAACAUGCAGCGAGACCUCUGCCCCGACACCUCCGGCAUCUGUGCUGAGAUGGACCUGGCAGGAGGCAAGAAGCUGCUCAAGUACAUCCGCAGCGUCAGCUUCAACGGAAGUGCCGGUACGUCGGUGACGUUUAACCGUAACGGAGACGCUCCCGGACGUUACGAUCUGUUCCAGUAUCAGCUGAACAACGUGACGGGAGCCGGCUACCGCGUGAUUGGCCAGUGGACCGAGACGCUGCAGCUCAACAUGGAGGACAUGCAGUGGCCUCGAGGCGAGCAGGACGUCCCCAGCUCCGUGUGCAGCCUUCCCUGCAGGACCGGCGAGAGGAAGAAGGUGGUGAAGGGGAUGCCGUGCUGCUGGCACUGCGAGCCCUGCGACGGCUACCAGUACCAACACGACGAGUUCACCUGUAAGCUCUGCUCCUACAACAUGAGGCCCAACGCCAACCGCACCGCCUGCCAGCCCAUCCCCAUCAUCAAGCUGGAGUGGCACUCUCCGUGGGCCGUGAUCCCGGUCUUCCUGGCCAUGCUCGGCAUCGUCGCCACCAUCUUCGUCAUGGCGACGUUCGUCCGCUACAACGACACGCCGAUCGUGCGAGCGUCGGGCCGCGAGCUGAGCUACGUGCUGCUGACCGGCAUCUUCCUCUGCUACAUCAUCACCUUCCUCAUGAUCGCCAAGCCGGACGUGGGCGUGUGCUCGUUCCGGCGGAUCUUUCUGGGUCUGGGGAUGUGCAUCAGCUACGCCGCCCUGCUCACCAAAACCAACCGCAUCUACCGGAUCUUCGAGCAGGGUAAGAAGUCGGUGACGGCGCCGCGGCUCAUCAGCCCCACCUCGCAGCUCGCCAUCACCUCCAGCCUGAUCUCGGCGCAGCUGCUGGGCGUGCUGAUCUGGUUCGGCGUGGACCCUCCGAACACCGUCAUCGACUACGACGAGCAGAAGACGGUGAACCCGGAGCUGGCGCGCGGCGUGUUGAAGUGCGACAUCACGGACCUGCAGAUCAUCUGUUCUCUGGGUUACAGCAUCUUACUGAUGGUGACGUGUACUGUUUACGCCAUAAAGACGCGCGGCGUUCCCGAGAACUUUAACGAGGCCAAACCCAUCGGCUUCACCAUGUACACCACCUGCAUCGUCUGGCUCGCCUUCAUCCCCAUCUUCUUCGGAACGGCGCAGUCGGCAGAAAAGCUGUACAUCCAGACGACCACGCUGACCAUCUCCAUGAACCUGAGCGCCUCCGUUGCCUUGGGGAUGCUCUACAUGCCCAAAGUCUACGUCAUCAUCUUCCACCCGGAGCUCAACGUGCAGAAGAGGAAACGCUCCUUCAAGGCCGUCGUCACGGCAGCCACCAUGUCGUCCCGCCUCUCCCACAAAGCCAGCGACAGACCCAACGGGGAGGCCAAGACGGAGCUGUGUGAGAACGUCGACCCCAACAGUCCUGCUGAGAAGAAGAAGUUUGUGAGCUACAACGACCUGGUGAUCUAA